AUGAAUUUGUUACUAACUGAAUUAGUGCCAUGGUUUUUCUUUAGUGCCACAUUUUUAAUCACAUACCUGAUGAUUGGAUGCUGCCCAGGAUUUCGAAGGCGUUUCCCCGGUAAUAUGAUUUGCCUGAUUCUUUUGACGCUGGCCAUGUCGUACAUGACCGCUACGAUAGCCGGUUUCUACUCGACCAAAGUGGUGUUCCUGGCAGCACUGUGUUGCUUUUUGACCUGCGGGGCAAUUGUGUUAUUUUCGAUGCAGACUAAGUAUGAUUUCACGGCUUGUGUCGGGGUGAUGUUCGUCCUCGGAAUCGUAUUGAUGCUCUUCGGAUUUAUUGCCAUCAUUUUUACCGUCAUACUCCGUAAUCCGUACUUGGCAAUCGACGUUCAGAUGGUAAUGGGUGGAAAGCAGUACGAAAUCUCGCCAGAGGACUACGUAUUUGCAGCUACGCAACUCUUCGUCGACAUCAUUUACAUCUUCUGGUAUCUCCUGCAGAUCAUUGGAUUCAUGAACAAGUAA